ACCGGACGGGCCUAGGGUUGAGAGCGGCGGGACCGGCCGAGGGGUGGCGGUUGUGGUUGCGGUGCCGGCUGGGCUGAGGGCGCGAUGCGGGGCGGUCGCCAUCUCUUUCCGCUGGUGCUCCUGACGCUGCUGCGCGGGCUGUGCCACGGCAGGGAGCCGUCGCCCGGCGCCGUGACCUGCGGCUCGGUGCUGAAGCUGCUCAACACCCGCCACAGCGUGCGGCUCCACUCGCACGAGGUCAAGUAUGGCUCCGGAAGUGGGCAGCAGUCAGUGACAGGAGUUGAAGCUUCAGAUGAUGCCAACAGUUACUGGCGGAUCCGUGGGAAGAGUGAUGGCAGUUGCCAGCGUGGUAUACCGGUGAAAUGUGGGCAAGCAAUACGACUGACCCACGUUAACACAGGGAAAAACCUGCACACUCAUCACUUCCCAUCACCACUCUCCAAUAACCAAGAAGUAAGUGCCUUUGGUGAUGAUGGCGAAGGAGAUGACCUGGAUAUCUGGAUUGUGCAGUGCAGUGGGACUUACUGGGAACGGGAUGACGCAGUGCGCUUCAAGCAUGUGGGGACCGAGGUGUUCCUGUCGAUAACAGGAGAACAGUACGGCCACCCUAUUAGAGGCCAGCGGGAAGUCCAUGGCAUGCUUGCUGCUAAUCAUCACAACUAUUGGAAAGCAAUGGAGGGAGUCUUCAUCAAACCCAGUAUGGACCCUGCAAAACAUGAUGAGCUCUGAAUUAACAGAGGAUCCAAAAGGCUUUAGCUGACUCCAGAGUUCAGAGAUGCUAAUCCUUGGUCUCUUCUAAGUCCCACUUUGCCCGGGUGACUGACUUUCUGUGUUACUGAAAAGCAUUAGUUCAUUCUAGGAAUGCAGCACUUCUGUGGGGAAUGGCCUCUGCCAGGUUCAGCCACUGACAUUUAUUUGGUGAAAUCCUUUCUGAAUUUUCAAGCUUUAUUGAUGGAACUAGUUCAUACAUCUAUUAGGUUUUGUUAUCAUUUGUUUGCUUCUUACUUUUUCUCAAAUUUGAAGGAAAUGGAAAAAUGGAGGUAAUACAUUUCUGUAGCCCCAAGUACGAUAAAAUUUUGUAUUUUGUAAUCUUUUUCCAACUAUAAUUAAAAAUUUGGAAACUGAUUUCUACUUCUUAGUGAAAGCAUGUCAUUGAUGAGGAGAUGGAUUGAGUCUAAAAAAGGAAAAAUGGUUCUUGAAUAUGGUGUUUUUUGAAUGGCUUGAAGUCAGUUAUUAAGCCUUUGAGUAAAAAAAAAAGUAUCCAUUUGAAAAUAGCUUCUGGUGUGCUUCCUGGGUUUUGUUCUGUACUGUAUUGGAAGAGUUGAAAAUAUUGUAUAUGUUGGAACAAGAAGGCAAAAUUUUAAUGUUUAUUUUGUCCAAGUAGCUCAGAUGAUCUGGUAGUGAUGAUACCUCUGAUUGUCCACGGGUAAGGCUGAUCUGCUCUAUGAACUGGUGCAGAAAGCAGCUACUUGUUUAAUUAGCAUUAGAGUUUUAUAAAAUUCCUUAUGCUACAAAGGAACAGUUGAAUUUGGCUUAUGUUGUACUUCACUGUCACUCUGAAAGAUCAGUAUGAGAAUUCAGAUGAAUAAAUAGUGUGGCAUAUACCCAUGUGGGGGGUUUUUUGUGUGAAUCCAGAAGAGCAAAAAGAAUCUUAGACAAUUGUUUGAUCCUGGAUUUUUGACAGAAUAGUGUGAGCUGGAGUGCUAGCAGGGAAUCUUCACUGAACAAGAUAAGAAUUUCUGUGUUCCUCUCCCUUUGCGAAAAGAGAAAUUAAUUUUUGAAUGUGUUUGUUAUACAGUGUUACUGGAAGUACCGAUUAAAAUUCAAAAUACCAUGCAUUUGCUCUUUAAACAGAAAAGCUCACCAAAUGAGUGAGAAAACCCAGAAAACUCAGGUGUCCUUGUUUCGAUGUAUAAAUAGUUUACUGAUUAUAGUGCUCAUUAGUCAAUCAGUUAAAGAAGCAGGAAAGUAAUUAACUGCUUUUACAGCCCCAGUCACGUGCUGCAGCAUUAGGGUUGUGUUGAGAAGGUGCAACAAGCAGUUGCAGUUCAGCUUUAGAAAUACAGCAGCUACUCUAUAGGUCCCGCUCUGUGGUGCCUUGUGCAGUUGCUGUCCAGGCCAGCUCCAGGUUUUAUUUAAGGGUUUCCUAGCAAGGAAGAUUCUUUGUACCCUAUGGAACAAAGAACCCCAGUCACAGUUGCUCUGUGUAGCUCAUUAUUUUUCUUCAAAGAAGAAGGUAAGAAUGUUUUUCUAUUAAUUUUAGUUGAAUGUGGGUAUUUAAGGAGUGCAGGUGUUUUGGAAGUUAAGUAGACUGGAUCUUGCUGUUUUGUAUUAGAAGUAAACUUUUAUGCGAUUAAUGUUUCGAGUUCACUGAUAUUCCUGACUAAUAGGUAUUGAAGUUGUAGCUAUAAAGGAUAACUGUUUAAAACAAAACAAACCUUCUACGUAAACAAGCUGACUUUUCCUUUCCUUUAUUAAAAAGGAGGGCUUUUUCUUUUGAAGAUGGUAUGUAAGUAAAAACAAAAGGAGUGAGAGUGAGGAGGAAAAAAUUAUUUGGGCAAUAAGUUCUCUGUCACUAAGAGCUAAAAUGGUUUAUGCCUAAACCAUAUGGGCUUAUUGUUUGUGCUCCUGUGAAAUAUAGUUGGCUGAGGAGGGGGCAGAGGUGUGCGGCUCAUCUCAGUCUGUGUGCCAGGUACUAUCCCUACCCAAUGUUUGUCUCUGCCUGGAUGUUUCUGUGCCUAGCAAAGGUAUUUAUCAAUCUUAUUUAUUAUGCUUGAGUGGGAUUUCCCUGGACCUUUGUCUUUCUGUUCUGGAUUUGAGCCAAAUUGGUUUGGUUAGGCUGAGAAAAAAAAUAUGUUUAGUCCUUAUUGCUUACUUUCUAAUAUGAUCUCAAUUUUGAAAAAUAUUUGUACCUUUUGUUCCCAAAGAACCAAGCUUCCCCACACACAUGUAUCCAUGAAUGCCUUAUUUAAAGACAUAUUCAACAAUAUUCCUGUGAACUGAGUUUCCUCGGCUUUUGAUUCUGACCAAAGUGUGAAAGUAACUUGGCCUUAAUAUUUCGCAUGAGUAUGUGUCACAGUAGUUGUGGUUUUUUUAGUUGGUUAGGUUUUUUCCUGAUUUUUAUCACUAUAAAAAUGAAGGACUCUUAAAUAAGGCCAGUUUAAGUACAUCUUAAUUUGGAAAGGUGUACUAUAGGACUUAAAGAACCAUUGGUACUCCCAGUAUGCUAAAUGCUGGCUAGGAAGAAAGGUCACAUUAACAUAGGAAGUGCAAAAGUUAUAACUCUGAAAAACUAUGGCUCUUGCUUGUGUGCAAGUACUGAGAUCCAGAGUGUGGUUCAGGUGUUUCUAUUUACUUCAGCUGUUUACAGUUCAGCUUUUCAGUCCUUCCACCACAGGUGAGCUCUGGAGAAUUUCAGUUUUUAUAUUGCGGAGUGGUGUUGUUUGUUUUCCAUAUGAUUUUAUCAUCUGCCCAAGGAUGUUGGGGCUCUAGGGUAAAGCAUGAGAUAGGUAUAAAACUUGGGAAUGCUGUUUUGCUUAUUUGUUUUCCUUUAUUUUAAGGUGAUAAAUUUUAUAAUAUCUCCUGUCACAAUUCUCCGUAUGCUUCAAUGUUAAGUGAACUCUGUUUAUUUUGACUUCUGAUGCUAGCAGAUAAUAAUUCUUUUAAAUAAAAAAUGCUUCCAAAUGUCUUGCUUACUACUCCCAGAAGUCGUUAAAAAGGUGCACCAAUGUUGUUACUCUUCCUUUAGUAAACUAGAAGGGCUUUUGGAGAAAGGAUUAGGGGAAUCUGUAUUUAUAGUUGUUCUUAGUGGGAAUAGUUGCUAAAGACUAUCUACUCUGAACUAUGUUGAAAACAAUCUGUCAAAUACUGCAUUUUACACAUGUAUAUAUCUAGUUCAAUAUAAAAUGACAAAGUUCCUUAGAUGUGCUAAUUUUGGAGGCAAGUGUGUGUCUACAAAAAUUUUUACUCUUACUUCUGGAAGGUUUUUAAAGCUCUGUAUAACUGCUCAGUAUAUGAACACUUCCUACAUGUUUUGGUUUCACAGUGUGAAUAAGGACUGGUUUUAGUUCUUCGAAAGUGCUGGAAGGGAUGUACAACUCAUUGAUUAUUCAUUCUGAAUGUUGAGCCUAAAUAUAAACCAAUGUUUUAAUUUAAUUUAUUAUGUUUGGGAUUACUAAUUGGGUAUAUCUGCUCUUAUUAAGUUAAAUUAUCUUAUCUUUUUAAGACAAAAAAAACCCCUACCAUCAAAACAACCCUGUAACACUGAAGCUUGCUCAGCAGUGUUCUUAAGCCUGUGAGUUUUACUGAAUCUUCUUUCUCUUCUGCCUCUCUUCUCCAGCACUGAAGCAGUAGCUGGCACUGUAGAUGCACUGCUGUGUUUCAUACCUGUGCUAGACAGAGGCUGAACCUUAUCAGGACCCUCUUUCCAGCAGCAACAUCUUGCUAUGUGUCUGAAUCCAUGCUUGACAUUGUUGUUGCCUCUUUGUUAAAUUCCCUUCUGGCAGAGAAUUUGUGUAUGUAGGGUGCCUGAUGCUGCUGCCCCUGUAUCCUAGUUUUGAGUUUUCAUCUGUGUCCUUUUGGUUUUGCAAUUCUCUUUUGAAACACAUUUUCCUAUAAUACAGCUCUGGGACACUGUUCAAA